AUGUCGGUUAACAAUGUUGGUAAAGUCAUUGUAAUUAUGGGCGUAAGCGGAGCAGGAAAAUCUACCAUAGGUAAGAUGUUGGGGAAUGCUCUAUCUUGCGACUUUCUUGACGCCGAUGAUUUUCACUCUCUAUCAAACAGAGAUAAAAUGCGCCAAGGCAUUGCUCUUUCAGAUGAAGACCGGAUGCCGUGGCUUGAAAAAAUCCAAGAGAGUUUGCGAAAACGUCUACUCAAUGGAGAAACCGUUGUUCUUGCAUGUUCUUCAUUGAGAAAGCAUUAUAGAGAAAUCUUGAGAGGAUCUGAUCCUGAAUACAAACCAGGAAGCUAUUCGAGUUGCAAGGUGAAUUUUGUAUUACUGGAAGGUAAUGCGGAGGUGAUCGCCGCUCGGUUACGGAAAAGAGCUUCAGAGGGAGAACAUUUCAUGCCUCUCACUCUUCUCCAGUCUCAGUUUGAUUUGCUUCAAGCUGAUGAUUAUUGCGAAAAGAUAUUCAAAAUCAGUGUUGUUCUUAGCCCUGAAGCUAUAGUUAACUCAAUUCUUGAUAUGGUGGAGGAGGAUUUCUCUGUGUGGAAGAAGAACACACCAUUUCUCUACGAUCUUAUGAUCUCUCACCCACUCGAAUGGCCGUCUCUCACCGUCCAUUGGGUCCCAUCGACGACGAGUCCUUACGCGGCGGAUCCUAACUUCGGCGUCCACAAGCUUAUACUCGGGACUCACACUUCCGGUGGUGCUCAAGAUUUCCUCAUGGUCGCCGACGCCGUUAUCCCAAAUCCCGACGCUGAACCUGGUUUAGGCGGCAGAAAUCAGGAUCCCAUAGUCCCUAAGGUGGAGAUUAGGCAGAAGAUUCGUGUUGAUGGAGAAGUGAAUAGAGCUCGGUGUAUGCCUCAAAAGCCGACGCUUGUUGGUGCAAAGACAAGUGGAUGUGAAGUUUUUCUGUUUGAUUACGCCAAACAUGCUGCAAAGCCUCAAACAAGUGAUUGUGAUCCUGAUCUGAGGCUGGUGGGACACGAUAAGGAAGGGUAUGGAUUGUCUUGGAGCCCUUUCAAGGAAGGUUAUCUACUGAGUGGUUCACAGGAUCAGAAGAUCUGUCUUUGGGAUGUUUCAGCUACACCACAAGAUAAAGUUCUAAAUGCAAUGUUUGUGUUUGAGGGACAUGAGAGUGUUAUUGAAGAUGUAUCAUGGCACAUGAAGAACGAGAACCUGUUUGGGUCUGCGGGUGAUGAUGGUCGAUUGGUGAUAUGGGACACACGGACAAACCAAAUUCAACACCAAGUGAAAGUUCAUGAAAAAGAGGUGAACUAUCUAUCUUUCAAUCCGUUCAACGAAUGGGUUUUAUCCACAGCUUCCUCAGACUCCACCGUUGCCUUGUUUGACCUUCGGAAGCUGAAUGCGCCAUUGCACGUCUUGAGCAGCCACGAGGGAGAGGUUUUCCAAGUUGAGUGGGAUCCAAACCAUGAAACAGUGCUUGCAUCUUCAGGUGAAGACAGAAGGCUUAUGGUCUGGGACCUGAACAGGGUUGGAGAAGAGCAGCUUGAGAUAGAGUUGGAUGCAGAAGAUGGUCCACCAGAGUUACUCUUCUCUCAUGGAGGCCACAAGGCGAAGAUAUCGGACUUUGCUUGGAACAAAAACGAGCCUUGGGUCCUUGCAAGUGUAGCGGAAGACAACAGUCUUCAGGUGUGGCAAAUGGCGGAAAGCAUCUAUCGUGACGAAGAUGAUGCUGAGAUCGAUGAGGAUGGCAAACAAGAUACACCAAUGACCAAUUAA